AUGGCGCCGCGGCAGCAGCAGCAGCAGCGCGCGAGGCAACAGCACCUGCCCUCCCCGCCGGCCCCCUUCACCACCCGCAAGCUCAAGAUUCUAGAGCAGCUCAGCGUGCCCGACGCCGAGUACACGGACGCCUCGCCCAAGGGGUCCGUGGACGUCGGCAUCCUCGAGCUGAUUGGCGAGCUCAACGCCCUCGACGGUUUCGUCACCACGAGCAGCUGCGCGGGGCGGGUGAGCGUCUUCCUCGAGGGCCGCAGGGCGGCGCCGACGUCCGCUCCCGCUGGGACGGCCGGGGUCGACGACUCUCAUCGUCGGUCUGCAACGCAGAGCGACGACAACGACAACGGAAGCACCAACACCCUGACGACGAUAGCAGGGCCCGGCGGUAAGGGAGGCGGCGGCACAUGGUUGUUCGUGUCGCAUGAUCCCGUGCCCAAACAGCACGAUGGCGACGACGAGCUGCUGCGUCUCCUUGGUCUCGUGGGCGAGAAGGGCCCAGCCCCCCCCAGCGUUGCCGGAGAUUCGGGUAGCUCUCAGCCUGGGCGGCGGAGGAAGCGGCUCAUUCACUUCAAAUUCGAACCCAUGAUCCUCCACGUCCUCACGGCAUCACUGGCCCACGCCCAGCUCCUGCUGAAAUGUGCACUCGCAGCCGGCUUCCGGGAGAGCGGCGCACUGAACCUGCUCCCCGCCACCACCGCCGCGCCAGAAGACGAAUCGUCGUCACCCGUGACGCCCAUGGUGGGGGUCAGGACAAUGGGCCUCGCCCUCGAGUCCCUCAUCGGCUACGUCGACGACGACGACGACGAGGUGCGGCACUGCACCGUCACGGCGGACUACCUGCGGGACCUAAUGCAGAUCGCCAACGAGCGCUUCGCAGAGAACGCGGCGAGGAUCGCUAGGUUCCGGGCCGCGCUGCAGGAGGCGGCCGCUGGCCCCCCGCCCAAGCUGGGCGAAGGGGGCGCCGAGUGGGAGGACGCCGCCGCCAGGCGAGAGCGCAAGAGGGCCGAGGGCCUACGGCGCAAGGAAGAGAUGUUGGCUGCUAGACAGGAAACGCAGACACAGACGCAGUCUCAGUCCCAGCCUCUUCUGGCUGAGAGCCGGGAGACUCCUUCAGAGGACCCGGCCGAGCUGCCCGAAUACGAACUCCUCGGGUUGUAA